AUGUUUGUUCAUGCACAGUCCUUUGAGGACCUGACUGCUGACAGUGAGGCGACUACUGAGACGGAAACUGAAAGAGACUCUGUGCUUGUGGAGUCAGGAGAGUCUGCAAAGGAGGAGGCUCUGUGUCUGAGGGCUGAGGAGGAGACCCAGAAGGAGAAGCAGCCUGAGGUGGAGGUAGAGAAGGAGGAGGUGUGCCCAGAAAGCAGGAGUAAGGAAGAGGAUGUGUGCAGUGAGGCCUGGCGUAGCCACAGGAAACGUGUUUGUACUGAGUGAGGCAGGCAAGCCCAUCUACACCCGCUUCGGCACAGAGGAGGCCCUCUCAGCACCAUGGGGGUCAUGAUGGCACUGGUCUCCAUCGUGGAGGCAGACAAUAAUAUAAUCCGCUGCAUUCACACAGGUGAGUAGAAGGUGUGGGGAGUAUCUCUGUGGAGUGGAAAAGUAGAGUUAGAGGGUAAAGUUGCCUUGUCAUAGUUUUUGUCAGUGAACAACCAUGAAGUAGGCUACAUAAAAUCAAAGCUCAGUCAGUAAGAUAUGCCAUAUUGCAAAAAAAACUGUCUGUCUGUACUGUAGAUGUUUCAUUGCCCUCUCAUUCAAAUCUUCUGUUCAAGACGGUUACAAAGUGGUGUUCCUUCACAAGACUCCUCUGGUCCUGGUGGGCGUAUCCCGGACCUGUCAGUCAGAUAGAGAGCUGACGCGUGAGCUGCAGAACAUCUACUACCAGAUCGUCAGCCAGCUCACCCUCACCCAGCUCAACCACAUCUUCCAGCACAAGCAGAACUACAACCUGUGCUGCCUACUGGCAGGCUCCGAGCACCUCACGGACAACCGUGACCCGGGCCUGCUCCUCAGCACUGUCACCUGCCUCCCCCUGGCCAGCUCCACCUGCGAUUUGGUCUCCUCCAGCCUGUAGGCUGCCAAGACCAAGAGCCUGGUCUUCUCCAUCCUCCUGGCUGGGGACCGUCUGGUCACCCUGGUACGCAAGAAGGACCAGUACCUGCACCACAUGGGUAUGGGUAAAAAACCUAGCAAAAAAUGUUUAGCUGACAUGGGCUAGUUGAUCUGGACAUUUCAGACAAGUUAUAAAUAGCUGUCUAAGGAAUGCAUGACUGACAUGACAAGAGGAAAACUGAUGAUGCACUACCCAAUUUCGAAAUUGCUCCUUGUGCGUUCUACUAUUAAAACUUUCAAGAGUAAGUUGAAAGCUGGACUGAGUUCCUUUAAAAAAAAAAAUACAAAUAAUAAUAUAUUUUUUGGGGUGGGGGAACCACCUUUUGGGAACCACAGUUUGGGAGCCGCUGGUGUACACCAUCACGGCUUAUACGGCUUAUAGUCCUUGUUACCAAUCUCCUAUCCCUGCUUACCUCCAGUUGUUUUUCCAUUCUGUUGCUGUGUCUUCCACCAGCACUGAGCUGCCCUUGCCAUACCAAUCUGUUGAGGAGCAGGAGAGGCUGAUGGGAUUGUACCAGUACCUCCACAGCCGCUUGCACCACGCGACACGCCCCCUGCGCUCCAUCUACCGC